AGCCCACGAACACCGCUGGGCUCAGAGCGUCCACCUCCUCUCGGACUUGGAAUUAAGCUGUCAUCACUCAGAGCGGCAUGGAUGCUACCAUUUACCAGAUCUUAUUCGGGGAGCUCGGGGACUUAAACUGUAGUUUGAUUGAUGCUUUCCAAGACACUUUUUUGGAAAACGCUUCAUUGUCACUGCUGAGCACUGAUGGUUUAUAUUGCAAUGCAACAACCGAUGAGAUCGGAACCUGCUGGCCGCGGAGCGGCACCGGGAGAAUUGUAGAGAGACCCUGCCCUGAGUACAUCAACGGGGUGAAGUACAACACAACGAGGAGCGCUUACAGGGAAUGCAUGGAUAAUGGGACGUGGGCGUUGAAGAGCAAUUACUCCAAUUGUGAGCCCAUUUUGGAGGAGAAGAGAAAAUAUCCAAUGCAUUAUAAAAUAGCGCUGAUCAUCAACUACCUAGGCCACUGUAUCUCCGUGGGAGCGCUAGUCGUGGCCUUCAUUCUCUUCUUAUGCUUAAGGAGCAUAAGGUGUCUUCGAAACAUCAUCCACUGGAACUUGAUCACCACCUUCAUACUGAGGAAUGUUAUGUGGUUUUUGCUUCAGCUGAUUGACCACAAUAUCCAUGAGAGCAACGAGCCUUGGUGUCGAUUAAUUACGACAAUAUACAACUACUUUGUGGUGACAAACUUCUUCUGGAUGUUUGUUGAAGGAUGUUACCUCCACACAGCCAUUGUAAUGACUUAUUCAACUGAUAAGCUUCGAAAGUGGGUCUUCCUUUUCAUCGGCUGGUGUAUUCCAUGCCCUAUAAUAGUAGCAUGGGCCAUAGGAAAGUUAUAUUAUGAAAAUGAACAAUGUUGGUUUGGUAAAGAACCUGGAAAAUAUAUGGACUACAUUUACCAGGGACCAGUUAUUCUUGUGCUUUUGAUAAACUUUGUUUUCCUCUUCAACAUAGUCAGGAUUCUUAUGACCAAACUAAGAGCUUCAACCACGUCUGAAACGAUACAGUACAGAAAAGCCGUGAAAGCAACACUGGUCUUGCUACCUCUGCUGGGUAUCACCUACAUGCUCUUCUUUGUGAAUCCGGGGGAGGACGAUAUCUCACAAAUUGUUUUCAUCUAUUUCAACUCCUUUUUGCAGUCUUUUCAGGGGUUCUUCGUGUCAGUGUUUUACUGCUUUCUAAACGGAGAGGUGCGUUCUGCCGUCAGGAAACGGUGGCACCGCUGGCAGGACAACCACGCGCUUCGAGUCCGAGUGGCCCGAGCCAUGUCCAUCCCCACAUCCCCAACCAGGAUCAGCUUCCACAGCAUCAAACAGACCACAGCUGUGUGAUCAUGGUCGCAAGCACAUAAUCUCCAGUACAACAUCAAAGGGAAACAGACUUAAUCUUUUUCUGUCCAGUGCAAACAAUGAAGUGAUUUACAGAAGAGACUGAAUCCUUUUAACAAGGCUGCAGUGAGCUUGAUGUGACUGAAGAGCCAGGCAAUGUUCUGUUGUCUGGUGAGAGCAAGUAAAAGCGUCUGAAAAUUAUACUUAAACUGUAUCAGCGGACACAUCGUAUUCUUGGAGAAUUGCUCUCCCUCAACAGACGGUACGUUAAGGUACAAGGACUGAGUAUUUAUGGAGUAUGUAAGAGUGACAUCUUCACUAAACUGUCAUAUCACAACAAGUCUUUUUUCAUCUGAUCUUACAGUGUUCUUAUCGCUGUCAUCUCACUGCUUAAUGGUUGUUAGCGGCGCAGGAUAAUCCUACAGGAUUUGCAGCAGGAUACUUCAACAGCUUGCGUACAUGUAGGCAUCCACUCCGUGCACACUCUGUGGGAGGGCGACAAGGAGCGCUUGCAAUUAGAUGCAUGGAGCAAGUUGCACUCAAAGUGUUGCCAAAAGAAGCCAUUUCUAUCUAGUGCGAUGAAUAGCACGAUGCUCUUUGAGUUACUGCUCUUUGGCAUCAACAGCUGCCUGUGAAAGCUAGAAAAGAAGCUUUGGGGACAAAGAGGGUUAACCUGAAUUAAAUAUCAAAAAAAUAGGGCGUAUAAAGGAAAAAAGAUUUAAAAGAGCCGCUGCUCUUCCUCAUGAAAGUGGGAUAAAAACUACAUCUGCUCGAAGUGAACAGUUGAUUUUCUCCUUAAAGCACGUGGUGAUACAUUCUGAUCAAUGUGAGAUGAUGAUUUUAUACAAACAAAGCCAUUCUAAUGGAGCCUUUACAAUGUGUCCUCAGAGAAGUCUUCUCCUUAAAGUCUGUAUUCUUUUAUACAAAGUUGAAUUUUUGUCUUGUACUGUACUAACUGUAAAAAUGGUCAAAUACUUGUUCACAAGGUCAGCUUCCUCUUUGUGACAGCUAUUUGUUUCCACACUUAUUUUUUUCACUUCCCUUUUGUUGUACUCUCCUUUAUUUUUCUUCUCAGAGAAGAACCACAAAGAGCAAUUUAAUGUGUUGUGUCUUUGAACUCCCUGAGGCUGAUGGAUGAGCCGUCCCAAAUUAAAGCUCUUCCGAGUGGGUGCACAUAAGAUGACAUACACAUUAUAUUACUUGUAGAGUUGGAGGACGAGAAGUUGUUUAUGUAACAAAUAUAUGUUACUGUAAGUGCCAUGUAUGGACUUAUCAUGCAGGCACAGUGGAGGCAGAUUAAACUCUUUUGGCUUUAUGAAAUCCUUGUGGCUCUCUAGUAAUCAGUAUCACAGCUAAGCUGUUGGUUCGAGAGGUUUGGAGCUUGAUGAAAUGAGCACCAAUUGCCUGUAAUGCCAACUCUUACAUCUGCUCAGGCUGCUCACACAGUAUUGAGAACAACCAUUGAUCUGCAGCUACAGAACCAUGAAGAGGGGAGAGGAAAUAUUAGUUCUGGAAAUGACUAUGGUGAAAUCCUAAUAUUCUGAAUUAUCUGGCAAGGUUAGGUAUCGAUGCAGAGGCUUCUGUGUGUGUCCUUGCAUUUGCUACAUACGAUCAGGAGAAUAUUUCUUUCUGACAGGUGGUGUGACUGAGAAUGUUAAAGUGCUACAUUGAGGGAAAGAACGCUUUUUCACUUUCUGGCUGACAGAUAUUUGAAAAGAUACCACUGUCAGACAUGUUAAGUGGCUUAUAGUUGCAUAAAGACUGGAAACAGAGGGACACAGCUAGCAUGCUGGUCGCCUGUCAAUCUCAUGGAGGAAAGAUUUGCAGUAAAGCCACUAUUCCCUGCUUAGAGAUAGUCAAACAUUUCCUUUUUUUAAAUUUAUUUUUUUUUUUUUAAGUUUUGAGAUUUUGUACAGAUUAAACAUGUUGCAUGGUAAACCAAUAUCCUGUAGGAGAUCACAUUUUGAGUGAUUUGGCGCCCCCUACUGUUUCUGAGUUCAACAACAAUCAUAAAUACAAAUAGCAGCUUUCUUUAACAAUCCGUCAGAUAUCAUUUAAUGUUGCGUGCUAUCUACAACCAAAACUCGGCCUGUCUUAACAAUGUUUCAUCGCGCAAACUGACGUCUUGUAGUGAACACGUAUGUUCAGGCAUUUUGUUAGCUGCAGUCAACAACUCGCACCAGCUGUGUGCACACACUACUCAGAAUAGUAACACCGAACAGCAGUAACCUUAGAAGAAGAGGUAAUAACAGCUGGCUGUAAAAUGCUGCCGGCUGAGCCACUGUCGACACAGCAAGCCAGCUAAUAACACUUACUCUUCAACAGCAAGAAGUCCGGCCCUGCGUCUCUCUGCAGCCCUUUAUUUAAGCAAAACUGAUGCUAACCAGCCAGUGUUGUCCACUCCAGUCCUGGACCUUCAUCUCCUGGUCUCUCUGUUAGAGUCAGCUAACAGAGCUAUCUUGCAGCUACAGUAUGCGCCAGGUACAGGUUGCUGUCAGGAAAGUCCAUAAAUCACAGAGAGUUGAGGCAGAGCAGUGGGAAACCCAGAAAAUAUUUACUCCAUAAAAUAUGAUCCAAUUCCAACAAAAUUAUUGAUAGCUUGUGCUGUGUGCAGCCCGAAUUGAGUAUUGACCCGCUACCUGAAUUUACAUAGUGCAGAAACAAGCGACAGGGGCUUGGAAUAGCUGAUACAGAGAGUUCAUCACCCGGACUGCAAGUCAAUGUAACAUUAAAAUGAGCUUUAAGUUGUUAUUUUAAGGUGAAAGGGCUACAUUAUGUUACUUAAAGUGAGCUUUGGAGGCUCCAAUAGGUGAUUUUUGUGAUUCUCAGAUGGAACCAGGUCAGCUGUUUCCUCCAGUUUCCAGUCUUGAUGCUACGCUAAGCUAACAGGAUGCUUUCUGUAGUGUCAUGUUUCAGUUAUAUUGAUUGUCUCAUCAAACAUUUCCCAAAAUGUAAUUUUCUAUUUUUUUUUAAUAAUCUGGUUUUAUCAUUUGAUUUGUAUUUAUGUAUCUAUCUAUUUAUUUAUUUGUUAUUUAUCUGUUAUUUAUAUAUCUGAAAUGACGUCAUGAUUUGUCAGGAAUAAAAUCUACUGGAUCUGUUGUGGAGUCAAAAGUAAAAGAAAACAUAUUGAAUAUCUGUGAUAAGGUUUCUUUGAGGGUGUUGUACAGAACAUAAAAUGUUUCAUCACUCAAUAUACAUUUCAUAUUUGCAUUUUGUAAUUACUUCUGUUAAAUUACAGAAGUCAUUUCUUGUUUAUGUGCUGCCGAACCGGACUGACAUUAGCCAUUAUCAGAUUUUUCCAAAGUGAUUUUGAUGUAAAAAAAAAUUUUUUGUAAGACUUAUGUGAAUCUCUGUUUCCAGGAUCACAACGUGUGCAGCUGUAACACUGCACAUCAAUGACCUCAUCAUGUCAUGUGAACGUAUUAAAGCAUAUCCUAGUAGUUGUGAGAUAUUUUCAUACAGAAAUAAGAAAUCAUUUAUUCAAAACUCACCAAAGAGACAAACCAUGUUUACCAGCAUCCACAACUUUUAUUGUCUACAUAUUUCUAUUGUCGCCACUGCACUUUGUAGACCAUAUCUGGUUGAUUUUCUUUUCUACACCAUUUAUUGUCCAUGAUGAAAUGUAUUUGAUGCAGUGUGAUGUCAGAUUUGUUAACUUAUUACUGUACAUGAAUACAUUUGACGUACUGAUUUUAUGGAAAAGUUAGUUGUUAUUAGUUGAACGACCCAUGUUGCCUUACAAACAAAAGGAAAUGCAUUUUUUUUCUUUGUGAAAAGGAAGCUUACGUCUCUGUAAAUGAUGUACCAUUGUGUUACGGAUAUACAUUUGUACAUGAACAUGUGAAAAGAAAAAUAUCAAUUUGAAUUAAAAUUAUACAUAUAUA